AAUACAGCCCGACCCGUGGGUUAACUGAAAUGACUGAUACCAACUGUUUUUUGAUAUGUAACUGUGUAGUUAUUGGACAAUUCAGUGCCCUAGGGAUUUGUAUGUGUACCUAUGUGUAUUUAUAUAUCAGUCUGUCGCAUUUACUAGUAAUAUUCUGUAUUCGUUGUGAAAAGACUUUUAUUGUCGUCAUUAACGGAAUUACAUAAUAAAUGCCAAAUUAAAUGAUUCAUCAGCAGGGUGAGCUAAGAAAUGUAAAGUAACGGAUAAUAAGAUACUGUAGAAGUAUUGGUAUAAGUGGUCAGAGCCACUAAUUACGAUCAUUUGGAACAAGAAAUGUAUUAGUAUAGAAAAAGCUUCAUUAUCUUGAGAAACAGCUUUUUAAGUGAUUACCAAGCAAUGUAUUCGUACUUGUUAUUCAUUUUAUAUCCUAUUUUGAAAUUAAUGUACUUUGUAAACACAUUUUGAUUAACUCUCCAAUUGUUUGCAUCACACAAUGUUCAGAUUUUUCGUAUUUCAGGGCGUAUUUGUAACUUCCUUGUAUACAGUCUGAUAGAAAGCAGAAUUUGUGAUGUCAUUAAAUGUUAGUAUCUGAAACCGAACUGUAAUUAAUUAAAUAACUCAAAAUUCACAAAAGACAUUAUUGUAAUUAGAACCAUAUCGAUUUUUAAUAUUUAAACCUAGUGAUGACACUACAAAAAUUACGUCAACUAAUAUUGUUAAUUUUUCCUUAUUCGGGUGUAAUGUCUGUUCGCAAACAUUUUGUACAUUUUAAUUGUAACUUUGAAAUUCUUCAGAAUUAAUAAUGCAAUAUUUUGUGAGUGAUUGUUAAAAUUCUAUAUAAGCAGAGAUGAUGCGAGGUCAGAGGCAGUCAGUUGUUUGUGAUGUUUUCGGCUGGAGAGUCUGUACAAGUGACGCCUGUAAAUAAAUAAUGUGAAGUGUGAAGAAUUCUCCGAUUUCUUCAUCUAAAAAUGAACCCCCAAAAGUUAAGUUUAUAAAUAUAAAGCUGCUCGACGAACAAGUAGCUUUAUAAGUGGUGGUGUGAGCUGGGAUUUGAUGAUUGAAAUCGGAACUGUUUUUAAAAAGUAAUUGUUUCAGGUGACCGCAAGACGAAUACUAAACAUAAAUUGUGAAGAAAUUUUUGUGUUUAUGGACGCACAGAACGAGUGGAUGUUGCUGCAUGAGAAGAGUUGGUGUGGAAAAGAAAUACAAAGAAAAUCAUCACCUGCAUGGGGAGAUCGUAAAUCAUAACAACUGAUCUGAUGAUAAUGGACCAAAUUCUCGGACUGCACCGCUGGAAUUCAGAUGAGUAACAGUUUUUUUUAAUUAAUUUGUGUUUUUUUUUGUUUUUGUGAGGAAAAGAUUUUACUAUGGCUGAUAAAAAGUGUGUAGGCGGUGAAUCAAUUGAAAACACUUCGGACCUAGGAUCGAGUAUCAGUGAACUAAGUGUAGAUCGAGGUUUUGGUGGAGAGGGUUCCAGUGAAAAUGUCGCCACAAGUACUCCAAUUGCACAGGGAAGAGUAGGCGGAGACGAUCUGUUAAUGUUAUUAAUGCAACAUAUGAAAGAAGCGAAGAAACAGAUGGGACAGAUUAGGCAGGAUACUAGUAAGAUAAGGGAAAUCCAGGAUGGUUUGGCAGCACUAAAAAUGACUGUCGAGACAGGGCAGGGUGAACUCAAUACUCGUGUAGGAGCAGUGGAAGAACGGGUUGAUGUAUUAGAAACUAAUUUCACACAAGAGUUGUCCAAAAAUGAGGAAAGGUUCAAAAAACUAGAUAAGCAUGUAGAAGUAGAAAAUUCAAAACUGAAAGUAGAGGUUGUUCAGACUAGGAGAAUCUUAGAAGAAAAGCUUGAAUCCAAUAAAAAGAAUUCAGAGUUAAAAUUUGCAGAAAUUUCCAAUCAAAUAAGUAAUGUAGAUCUAAAGUGUGAUGAAAAAAUAGAUUUGUGUAAAAAUAAUGUUGUAGGUUUAAGUAAGAAAGUUGUAGAGUUACAAGAAGGUGUAGCCCAAAGAAAUUUUGUUAGCAAUUUUAAUUGUGUAUGGGGUGGCAUACCUUUAAAAUGCUUUCCAGGAGAUGGGAAAUUGCAUCCAGUUGAUUUUUUACAGCAUUGUCAGGAUAAUUUUAGUAAUGACAUGACAGAUAAUGUAAAAAUUAAAUUUGUUAAACGAUUUUUGGAUGGAGAAGCAAUCUCGUGGGCAAAUCAGAAUGUUAAUUCUACCAUGUCAUAUAAUGAAUUUGAAAGAAAGUUUUUAAAUAAGUUCUGGUCAGAUUCUGAGCAAGCUAGGAUUAAAAGUGAGUUUUUGAAUGGUCGAAUGUAUAGGGAAAGUGAUGGUAGCUUGAAGUGUUUUUGUGAAAGUCAGUUGAGGAAAUUAGUACACCUCGACAAACCUUUUGAUGAACUAAUACAAAUAGAUGCAUUAAAAAGAAGACUACCAAAAAGAGUACAGUGGGAGUUGAUUUAUGGACCAGAUGAUUCUGUAGAUCAGUUCUUGAGUGUAGAGACUGCCAGAAGCAGAGGGGCUGCAGACACAAGAUGGACAGCGCAUUGGGACGGAUGAUUGUGAGCUGCCAAUUCAUUAAGAUAUGCAACAUGCACCAGUGACUGGAGUAACAGCUAAGAAAAAAAGAAAUUCUAUUUUGGAGGGUAUUUAGCAGCCAUUCAUACAAGUUACACUUGUAAGAGUGGCUGGGGGGGUGUAUAACAAUACAGCCCGACCCGUGGGUUAACUGAAAUGACUGAUACCAACUGUUUUUUGAUAUGUAACUGUGUAGUUAUUGGACAAUUCAGUGCCCUAGGGAUUUGUAUGUGUACCUAUGUGUAUUUAUAUAUCAGUCUGUCGCAUUUACUAGUAAUAUUCUGUAUUCGUUGUGAAAAGACUUUUAUUGUCGUCAUUAACGGAAUUACAUAAUAAAUGCCAAAUUAAAUGAUUCAUCAGCAGGGUGAGCUAAGAAAUGUAAAGUAACGGAUAAUAAGAUACUGUAGAAGUAUUGGUAUAAGUGGUCAGAGCCACUAAUUACGAUCAUUUGGAACAAGAAAUGUAUUAGUAUAGAAAAAGCUUCAUUAUCUUGAGAAACAGCUUUUUAAGUGAUUACCAAGCAAUGUAUUCGUACUUGUUAUUCAUUUUAUAUCCUAUUUUGAAAUUAAUGUACUUUGUAAACACAUUUUGAUUAACUCUCCAAUUGUUUGCAUCACACAAUGUUCAGAUUUUUCGUAUUUCAGGGCGUAUUUGUAACUUCCUUGUAUACAGUCUGAUAGAAAGCAGAAUUUGUGAUGUCAUUAAAUGUUAGUAUCUGAAACCGAACUGUAAUUAAUUAAAUAACUCAAAAUUCACAAAAGACAUUAUUGUAAUUAGAACCAUAUCGAUUUUUAAUAUUUAAACCUAGUGAUGACACUACAAAAAUUACGUCAACUAAUAUUGUUAAUUUUUCCUUAUUCGGGUGUAAUGUCUGUUCGCAAACAUUUUGUACAUUUUAAUUGUAACUUUGAAAUUCUUCAGAAUUAAUAAUGCAAUAUUUUGUGAGUGAUUGUUAAAAUUCUAUAUAAGCAGAGAUGAUGCGAGGUCAGAGGCAGUCAGUUGUUUGUGAUGUUUUCGGCUGGAGAGUCUGUACAAGUGACGCCUGUAAAUAAAUAAUGUGAAGUGUGAAGAA